AUUUUUCGCCAAUAUCAUUUUAAAUCAACAUGAAGUCAUGGAGCCUUCUGGUUUUCGCGGGGCUUCUGAGUGUCGGGAAAGCGAACGUUGAGUUGUACUCUUUUUUUAAAGAAACGGAUUCAAAGCAUUCGGUUCAGAAAAGCGAUGUGCAUUCGCCAUCUGUGGCUGCCUCACUUCUACAAGUGCCAGUCGGCUUCCAAUUGCACCUAGUACCGUCAUCAUUGAAAUCCUCACUGGGGUCUCCAAACACUAUCUCGCUGCCUCAGCAGAGUUUCAUACCUAGCUUGCGUGUUAGCGAUGUUGAGGCAGCGCCGAACAAAACAGCAACGACGAGAACCGAUGAGACAACCAAACAGCCGUCAAGCGAUGUUACAACAUCCGAAGCACCGGCGACAGCAGAUCUUGCGGUUCGUUCAGUGGUCCGAGUGGGUCCAGAUCUUUUAGUGGCCCAAGUCGUGCCGUCCAACGAUACAGAAAUUCAACAUACAGGGCAUGUCUUGCUACCAGCAACGCGAUCGCAAAUUCUAUUGCAAGUUGCGAAAUCACCACAGCCGCCUAACAAUUUCCAAGAUCCUCUCAAUGUGCAGCAAUCUCACAAUUUACAUCAAUCUCACAAUUUGCAGCAAUCUUUCAGUUUGCAGCAACCUCACAAUUUGCAGCAACCUCACAAAUUGCAGCAUCUUCAAACAACAAGUCAACUCCGGUGCGAUUUUCCGGAAUACCGGGCGAUGGUUUGUGUUGGUGACCUGGAGACCACAUGUGAUCGCCCGUAUCGCGUAGACCCCAAAUGUCCAUUUAAACAGGAAAGGUGCCUGUGCUCAGAAGGCUACGUCCGUCCUUUUGAUUACCAUCAAGUCCAUCACAUGAGCGGAACCUGCAAUCCUGAAUCUUCUUGCCAAAAAAAGGGUAAUUACUUACUAUGAUUGUUACGAAGUGUUUUCUCAACUUCAACUUCGUUUUUAUUUAUCUU